ACGAGAGGGGCGCGCUGGUACCUGAGAUAGUAGAGGUUUGCUUUGGUUUAGAGUGUGUGUUGCGCAAGUGUUUGUUGAAGUCGUCUGCCAAGUGCUGUGCAGACGAAGCACCACGUGCGUCUCCCUAUCUCUAUUUGGCCCUUGAUGGUCCGAUGCAUCUCCGCUUCCUCCACUUUUUUUUACCAGUCUGUCUACGUCUUACCCUACUUGGAGGAAGGUGUUGCACGCUUCUCUGUAUUGUGCUCAGGACGUCGAUUGUAUCUAUAGUGCAAUGUCAGUCUAGGUGUACACAAAUUGGCGCUGUCGUUCUGUCACGGAGACCGUUGCUGAAUUGUCCGAUUCUGACAACGUCAUGUAUGCAGAAAUUGCUCACUCCUGCAUUCCUCUUAUCUUCGCAAGGGGUCGUUACGACGAUCCCGGAGGUUGUCUCUCUCUUACCUCAACUCUUUCUGGACGUUGGAAGGGCCCGCAUGUCACUAGACUCACGACACGUGCCACUCAAGAAACCUUGACAGUCUCACUUUAUCGAAGAAUGAAUCGGCUAUUAGAUAGCUGAGAUAUCAUUUGAUUUGACCCUUAGAAUUU